AGCAAAACAUGCUGCAGGACUAUGUGCGGACAUCGGCAUACCACUCAGCGAUCACAGGCAACGGGCCAUCGCUGUUCCGCGACCGGCUGGUGAUGGACGUGGGCGCGGGCUCGGGUAUCCUGUCGUACUUUGCUGUGCAGGCGGGAGCACAAAAGGUGUAUGCGGUGGAGGCCUCGGGCAUGGCGCAAAAGAUGCGGCACAUCCUGGACGCGGCCAAAGCCACGCCCGCGCGCAACGCGUACCUGGCGGACCGGGUGCAGGUGGUUGCAUCCAAGAUCGAAGAGCCGUCGCUGCUGGAGAAGGUGCCGCAGGUGGAUGUGAUAAUCUCUGAGCCCAUCGGCGUGCUUCUAGUUCAUGAGCGCAUGCUUGAGUCGUACAUUUAUGCACGCGACAAGUUCCUGAAGCCCGGCGGCGCCAUGAUGCCGUCCUCAGGGACGAUCCAUCUGGCGCCCCUGUCGGAUGGGGCACUGUGGAACGAGACCAUCACUAAAGCGCGGUUCUGGCAGCAGGAGUCGUUCUACGGCGUUGAUCUGAAUCCCUACUUUGCCCCGUCGUUCACGGAGUAUUUCUCGGCACCGGUUGUCGGGUGCUUCAGCCCGCAUACGCUGAUGGGCGACUCGGUGCCACACGAUGUUGAUUUCCACUCCGUUACCAUUGACGAACUGAAGGAGUUCACCAUUCCGAUCUGCUGGACCAUCAAGUACACCGGCAUUAUGCAUGGCGUUGCCGGCUGGUUCGAUCUGGGCUUUGUUCCGCCCAUGACAUCGCUGCACCCAGGCACCCUGCCCAGCGCCACGUACAUGUCGACGUCGCCUGCCUCGCCCGCCACUCACUGGCAGCAGGUGCGCAUGCUUCUGCAGCAGCCCCUGGCUGUCAACGCCGGCCAGGUGGUGCGCGGCCAGGUCCAUAUGAAGGUGAACGACCAGCGCAGCUAUGACAUCACCGCAACCCUGGUUGUGCUGGACGCUGCCGAGUCUGCCGCACUGAGCGACGCCCAGGCCCUGUUGGCCGCCAAGGACCAGCAGUCGAGGGCCCGCACCGCCGUGUGGCUGCUGCAUGACCAAAUCUACAAUUACUCGUACACUGGCGACCCAACUGAGGCUGCCAAGCCCGAGGCCGCUAACAUGUACUUGCCAGCAGACACAUUGCUGGCGGAAAGCAGCAAUCCGCCGAUGGAUCCCCAGCAGGUGCAGUCUAUCCUAGCUAAUGUCUUGGCUGGCACUCAGCCCCAGGCAGAGAUGCAAGAGUAGGUUCUGUUUAGUCCUUUGCAAGUCUUAUACAUCUAUCUGUGAGUUUUGAA